GUCGCAGCGCGAUCGACUCUUUUUCUCUAAAUCUUUGUAUUAAAUGUUGACUCGACCAUCCGCACAUUCACUCGAAGCAGCGCUGCGCAAGGCACUGUAAUCAGUAUCGUCUUUGAUCUGCGCUUAAGAUGAAGCACACCAUGUCUAGCGACAGCGGCGAAGUUGCCAAUCACGCUGGCAAACGGCCCCGUCUGGACAGCGUCUUUCCGACGAUACAAGGUCCCCUCACCGACGUCAAGCACGACGAACAGCUGUGGUACCCAGACGGGAACAUCAUCCUAGUUGCAAAGGGUGUCGGCUUCCGCGUGUACCGAGGUCUACUUGCCGACCGAUCCGAAGUGUUUCGCGACCUCUUCUCCGUCCCCCAGCCACCGGACGACGAGACGGUCGACGGUUGUCCGAUUGUCCACUUAUCCGACACCGAUAUCGCUUUGAGAGAGUUCUUGCUCGUUCUCCUACGCGGCAAAAGAUACAGCCAAGAGGAUGAUCCUGAGUUGGACCUACUGUCUUUUCGGAUUCGUCUCGCGCAUAAGUACGGCGUUACGAGCCUCCUUGAGGCAUCGGUGUCCAAGUUGAAGGCGCUGUAUCCCUCUCGCCUCGCUGUAUGGCAGAGCAUGCGGCAUACCUUCUCUCCGCGUGCCAUCACCGCUGUUAACUUGGCGCACCUUACUGGCACCCUGACCGUACUACCUGCUGCACUCUAUUGCUGCUGUCAACUCCCCGACGCUACCUUGCUUCGCGGUGCGACGCAUCCCGACGGCUCCAAUGACUGCCUGAACCAAGACGACCUAUUGAAGUGCAUUGGUGGGAAGGUCUAUUUUGCGCAGGAACAAAUGCAAACUAUCUGUUUUUUGUUCUUACGUGGCGAGGCAUCAUGCAGCCAUAGAUGUCCUUCCAAGCCUUCCUGCAAGGGAAUCUUCAAUAAGAUCCAUAGCAAAGCCUUGGCACGCGCAUGGGAGAGGGACACAAUAGCGUGGGCUAUGGAGCCUUGGGACGAUAUACUCAACAAAUUCGACCCCCGCCGUCACCGGCCUGACUCUCCCAACAUGCUCUGCGUGGCUUGUAUGAAGCGGAUCGAUGAAAUGAUCGAAGAGCACUUCACCAGUAUGUGGGACGGGUUGCCAUACCAUCUAGGAGUUACCCUUGAUGACACCGACAAGUGGAGCCAGUCCGGAACCGAGGAGUAGGCCUUGCGAACCCAUACUCGUGACGACGGAAGGGGCAGCUUUGAUUCCAUCGUUCAACCAUCUUGGAACGAUAUAUGUGCUGUCGCGGCGUUCCCUUGUGUUCGCUCGCGCUCAUGUCUGAAGGGGUCGGAAUGGUGUCACGGACUGUUGGUCCUCAUAGACACUUUCCGCGUUCUUCGCUUGAACUUGGUAUGGACGGAUAUACAAAUGAUAUUGCGCCUGCGUCAAAUUUGGCUGCAACGAUCAUGAUCACCCAGCUGGACCGCAGAGCGUGCGUGGUACCGCACCACCCGCGGCCGGAAGUUGCACUGGUUGGGGAGCCAGG